GAUGUUGAUUGUUUACACACAUCGAACACACAUACACUCUUAUUUAUUCGAGAUUUUGUUCAAACGUCGAUCAGUCUAACGAUAUCCACUUAUACUCGAGGUUGUCUAGGUUGACCGCUCGGUUGACCAUCAAACCAUGAAUCUUCUCGCCGUGUUCAGCGCUUCUUUUUUCCUGGUGAUCUCCGUGUCCGCAGCAGGACUCAAGGAGGAGUUCGCCUGGACCAGGUUGAGCUACGCUUGGCCCAGCAACGGUCAGAGGGUCCAGAGGCAGAUCAAAGGGCAGCUGAAAGGUUACGAGAGCGGUAGUGUCAAUUAUGAGGCGAAUAAGGAUACGCAGUCCAUCGUGUUCGAAGAGCCUGAUAAUUUUGGGGGCAACGGUAUCGGUGUGAGGCCCCGGCCUGAGAACCAGCAGGCGGGAGCAUCUGGAAAUGUUGAUGGAUCCAUUGAUUAUCAGUACGAAAACAACAUUCCAAUGGGUGCCAAUGUCUGGAGGAACAAACUCUUCAUAACGGUUCCUAGGCGACGACUAGGAGUGCCAUCAACAUUGAACUACGUUCGUCUGGAUAGCAGCAACAGGUACAAUGUUCCGUUGAUCCCAUAUCCGAAUUGGAAUAUAAAUAUUUACCCUGAUACAAGUGGAGCUGGACAGAAUUUCGUAUCUGUCUACAGAGUAGCUGUCGAUGCUUGUGAUCGACUGUGGUUCAUCGAUACCGGACUUGUGGAAAUACCAGGAAAUGCAACCCAAGUGAGGCCUACAACCUUGGUGAUCAUUGAUCUCAAUACAGAUCAAGUUAUCCAUUCCUAUGUGAUUCCUGCCGACCAACUAAGAACUGCCACCCAGCUCGCAAGCUUGACCAUUGAUAUCGACAAAACUGCAUGUGGUGAUGCAUACGCGUAUAUUCCGGAUUUGGGAGGAUACGGUCUCAUAGUCUACAGCCUACGUGAAAAUAGAUCUUGGAGAAUCACCCACAAUUACUUUUACCUCGAACCUACUGCUGGGGAGUUCUUCAUAUCAGGUCACAACUUCCAAUGGAACGACGGAGUUUUCAGCGUCGAACUGACAGCUCCAAAAAGAGACGGCUACAGAACUCUAUAUUUCCAUUCGAUGGCGGGCACCCAUAUGUAUAAAGUGUCCACAAGAAUAUUGAGGAAUGAGACAUUGGCCACUAGGUCGUACCAUGAGAAUGACUUUCGGAAUGUUGGUGACCGUGGAACCCAGUCCCAAACAUCCUGUGCAGACAUCCACAAGCCAUCGGGAGUCAUGUUCCUCGGCCUGGUGAAUCAAAAUGCGCUGGCGUGCUGGAACACAAAUCUGCCCCUCAGCUCCAUUUCUAGCGUGCAAAGAGACGACAGGAAGAUGAUCUAUCCCUGUGACGUCAAGGUUCACAAUGAUAAUAUUUAUGUCUUGACAAACGCGAUGCCAGAGUUCCUUUAUGGUAGACUGAAUUACGAUGAAGUGAACUUCAGGGUCUGGUCCAAUACCGUUGAAGGGGCAAUUCAGGGUACCGCUUGCAGUAGUACGACAUCAUCGAGUAACGGAGGAAAUAGGGCAGAAAAUAAUGGUCCAAACUAUAACUAGAACAAUGAAUCUUAUAUUAUCAACAUGAAAAUGGAGAACUGACUAUUGACUUAGAUAAUUGACUUUUGUAUAUUUCUUAGAAUUUAUAUGAAGACGAAAUUAUAGAGUAUUGAAUAUAGGAUAUAAUCAGAUACUUGUGUCAUUAUAUAAAUAGAAUAAUCAAUUCCAAGUUGAAAAAAAAUGUUCAGUUGUUACUCUCCAUCAGUGUACCUUCAUAUCUCAAUGGAAAUGCUGAAAUACCUUUCGACAGCUCUCCGUGAAUAAUAACAAAACAUAAUUUUUGAUGAUAUUCUGUGAUCGCAAAAAUCAUCGAUCUUAUUUUCAUCUGAUUGGGAAUGUGAAC